ACACACAGAAAUGUUACGAAAUGUGUGCACCUUUUCCACGCAUUUUGCCAAAUGCAUUUUUCAAACAAACUACCAACCAAUUCGUGGCAUGGCGGGUCAUUCAAAAUGGGCCAAUAUCAAGCACACGAAAGCGUUAAAGGAUGGAGCACGAGCCGCACUGUUCGCGAAGAUUUCACGUCAAAUUCGAAUGGCCAUUCAGGAGGGAAACUCUGCGGAUCCGGCUAUAAAUUCCCUGUUGCGGACAGAAAUAGAUAGGGCCUUGAAACAAAACAUGCCCAGUGGUACCAUACAGAAUACCUUAAACAAAUUUAAAACUAGUAAGGUUCAGCUCAAGAAGUACCGGAUGGACAUUCGAUACAAACGCGCUGUAUACUUGAUAUGUAUUCUUUAUACGGACAACUUUUCUGGUGUUAAAAUGGAUGCGACGCCAAUUAUAAAGAAAGCCGGAGGCGAAUUCAUGGAUGUUGGGAAUUUGUUUGAGGACUUUGGCUUGAUACAGACUCGGCUUGAUACGUCGAAGGUGCCUGAAGGCUCCAGCUUCGAAGAUAAAGCAACUAAUGACGCGAUAGAGCUGGGAGCUGAGGAGAUUGAAAUAGAGGAUGAAGCGGAGGGCAAAGUUAAUUUCUUAUGCAGUCCUGUGGUUUUAUCUAGUCUAAGUCAAAACCUGACUAAACUUGGAUAUGCCGUUGAAAAUAGUGAACACAUAUUUUCUCCAAUGAAACUUGUACAACUAUCGGCAGAAGAUCAAAAAGCUUAUGACACGUUUUUAGAAAAAUUACGAAAUAUACCAGGAUUGGAGGAUAUUUAUGACAAUGUGGAAUAGCGUUUAAAUGUAUAAUAAAUGGACAUUUACUGAAGAAA